AUGCUACCUACCCACAAUGCGCAACAUAAGAAUCACCAGGACCAAAUACCCCCUACACCAUGUUGGGGUGGUGCUUUUUACCCUGGCAGCAGAAUCAUAGCAACUGCACCUGGACGAGUAUUAGCUUUAAGUUUAACAUUCCGUGUAGAUGAGGUAACUGUCCAACAGGAUGCCAAUCUAUGGCUGCCUAUAGAAUGCAAUAUCUCUAGCGUAGACAUGCAUUCGGGCACUAAACUUCCUACUGUCAUCAGAUCCGGACCAAAAAUAACAACCCACACCAACUCCAAUGACCAAGAACGUAUCGACUGGCUUCAAACGGCUACGACCAUCCACCGUCUAGUAACACGCUCUAUAUUCACCAUCCACCAAGCAAACGGGUGUGGCACUAGUUUUAGUAAGAAGUUCUUGGAACAAAGGGCGACUAACCCCAGUCAGAUUGUUGUACUGAAAUCCGAAUGA